AUGGUCGCGGCCACUCGAGUCGCCCGCGCCGGCACGCGCGCCCUCCGCAUCGUCGCGCUUCCGCUCACCCCCGCCUCUUCCGCGCGCGAGCAACUGACCUACUACCACUUUGUCACCCCGCCCGACACACGCGCUACGAACUCCUGGCUGCCCUGGAUCACCACCAAGGCGACAGACCUCUGGGCGGGGCUUGGGAAGGCACCCGAAGGCAACUGGAAGCGGAGAGCGUUUCUGUACGGCGAGCGGCUCGUCGACCGCCUCGAGUUCGAGGAGCUCGCGCUCAAGUCCGUCGACCCUUCCAUCGGCCCCAAGCUCUCAGACUAUGUCCCGCACCGCAAAGAAAAGGUCGAUAAGGCGAAGGAGAAGGUUGAUGAGGGUGCGCCCGCGAGCGCGGCGGUCACGGUGAGCGACCAAUCCUCGCCCUCGAUUCCACUCGUGUACCCGCCGUCGGCGUGCUCGACACCGGUCCCACAUCUGGAGGCGCUUCUCGCGAAGCGCGCCCCAAGACACAGGAAGGGCUUCUGGUUCUGGCUCGCUGUCGCGCCGUUAACCGCGCCCUUCGCUAUCAUACCCAUCAUCCCCAACUUCCCAUUCUUCUUCUGUGUUUGGAGGUCCUGGCACCAUUACCGAGCGUACAAGGCGUCAGACUACCUCUCCGCCUUCCUCCGGCAAGGCGCCAUCGUCCCGCAGACGUCCACCGCGCUCGACGUCGUCUACGCCAAGCACGCCCCGCGCAGGAUACCCACCGCGGCGGAAGACGACAGGCCCCCGCCCGGCGCAAGAGAAAGCGAGACGGAGCUGCUGCUCACGCCCGAGGCCGUGCCGGAGCUCGAGAAAGCCCUCGAGCUCCCGGACGGGAGCUCGUUCACAGCGGACGUGCUUCGCGCGCUCGAGCAGGCGCGGUUGCGCGAGGCGGGCGCGAAGACGUGA